UCAAUUCGAAAAAAUUUAACAUCAUCUUAAGACAGUGAGGACGCUUAACAGACAAGCUGCUUGAAGAGUGGAAAGCGGAAGUGAUCGAGUCACGUUUUGUUCUAGUUUUGCAUCUGAUUGGUUGAGAAAGAUGGGGGAGUUUUUAGACCACUGAAACAAAAGAAACCCCGGAUUACUCUCAAAUUUUAACUGAAAAUCGCUUAUUCAACUAAACCGUUGUUCUGUUGAACAGAAGCUGGUUGGAAUGCCUCGAUCGACGGCACACAGUGCUGCAGUCCCACCGAAAUUUCCCACAAAUGCUCCCGGUCGGAAGUCAUGGAUCAUUCUUUCAACUUGACCUCUCGGAACAAAACGAAGAUGAGGACAAAGGAAUUUUCGCGACAAGUCUAAUCCGUAAUUUUACUUUUAGUUUAUAUUAAGAAUGGGAUGCGGAGGAAGUAAGGCAGAGAGAAUCAAUACAGCACCAGUUCUGAUCGCAGGACAGACUACUACGACCACAUCGACCGCUACACGAGAGGAAACCAGCCCUUCAAACCCCAGACAUCAGGUCGACGGUAGGAUAAUAGAUGACCAAACUUCGACAGCGGAUCGAGAAGAAACACAGAACCCCGACACUGUGGUGGAAGAUCUCAUCGAGCCAGUCACUGAGAAGCAGAUUGCCAUGGUGCAAGAAACUUGGGGACUUGUGAAAGGUGAUAUAGAAAAAAUGGGAGUAGAGUUCUACAUGAGGUUAUUCAAAGUGAACCCAGAAACCUUAGAAAUGUUUUCAUUCAGAGACAUUGAUAAAUCAUCGUGUGACAAGAUGAGAGCUGAUGAUCGACUUAAGAGGCAGGGACUGGUAACCAGGACUGGUAAUCGGGGUUCUAUUGCUCCUGCUCUAAAGGACUUGGGAGAGAGACAUGCAAAAUACAAAGUCGAAGAACAUCAUUAUGGGCUUUUUGGGGUCGCUUUGCUUGACACUCUUGACAAAGACUCGAGAAAGAAGUUUACAUUGGUUAAAGAAGCAUGGGUUUUCGUUUAUGGAAUUGUUGCGGACAAGAUGCUAGCAGGAGCGAAAGACGUUCUCGAAGGAUAGAUCACAGAUGACAAAAAAAUUUCUGCACAGGUCCUUACAGUGAUGGCGCUGAAAGAGUAAAACAGAUGCAUUCACUUUAACCGUCAUGACUGCAAGCCGACUGGAAACAUUUUUUCAAUAACCACAGGCAGCCCAAGCUCACGU